AAGGACCACGAACCCGGUCCAAACGCCGGUUCGCUUCCGCUUUCUGUUAAAAAUUCAACUGCUAGGGAACGGGGGACCUCGAGAAACAAACAGAGCGAACUUUUUUCACCGGAACAAAAUCAUCAAAGGUUCGGAGAUUUGAAAAAAUCAGCAGCCGGACCACACGAAGCUUUCGGCUUCCAUGGAGGCCAUCCGGAAACAAGCCACGAAGCUCCGAGAUCAGGUCGCCAAGCAGCAGCAGGCUGUCUUUAGGCAGUUUGCUGGUGUAUACGGAGGUUCAGAUAAUGUUGUAGCUGAUGAGACAGAACUUCAGCAUCAUCAGAGACUUGAGAAGCUCUACAUAUCAACUCGUGCCGGCAAGCAUUUCCAAAGGGAUAUAGUUCGUGGUGUGGAAGGUUACAUUGUUCAUGGGUCCAAGCAAGUUGAAAUAGGUACCAAGUUGUCAGAAGACUGUAGGAAAUAUGGUGCUGAAAAUACAUGUACCAGUGGCACUACCUUGUCUAAAGCCGCCUUAAAUUUUUCAAGAGCUCGUGCUCAAAUGGAAAGAGAGCGUGGAAAUCUAUUGAAAACUCUUGGAACCCAGGUGGCAGAGCCCUUAAGAGCAAUGGUGAUGGGUGCUCCCUUGGAGGAUGCUAGGCAACUUGCCCAAAGAUAUGACAGAGUGCGUCAAGAAGCUGAGGCUCAGGCUAUCGAUGUUUCUAGGCGCCAAGCUAGGGUAAGGGAAUCCAUGGGUAAUCCUGAUAUUGCCAUGAAACUAGAAGCUGCUGAGGCCAAGCUUCAGGAGCUGAAGACAAACAUGGCAACAUUAGGUAAAGAGGCUACUGCUGCAAUGGCUGCUGUAGAAGGCCAACAACAGAAAAUGACUCUUCAACGGCUUGUUGCUAUGGUCGAAUCAGAAAGAAGCUAUCAUCAAAGAGUCUUACAGAUACUUGAUCAACUUGAAGGCGAGUUGUUGUCAGAUCGCCAACGAAUUGAAGCAUCUCCAAGUGUAGCUGCCGAAACCUCUGUUCCUCCUCCCCCGUCGUAUGAGGAGAUCAAUGGUUCCUUUGCUUCUCAGACAUAUGAUGAAACUGCAGAUACCAUUGACUAUUUCUUGGGAGAGGUUAUGCACUCAUUUAGAGCAGUAUCUGAUGGGGAGUUAAAUUUAUCAGCAGGGGACUAUGUGGUUGUCCGUAAGGUGUCAAACAGUGGCUGGGCCGAGGGAGAAUGCAAAGGAAAAGCCGGUUGGUUUCCACUCGAUUAUGUAGAGAGGAGGGAGCGUGUUCUGGCGAGCAAGAUGACACAUGUAUUCUAAAUUGUACGGGCGGAAUUCUUCUCAUCACGUUUGCAUGUGGUAUGCGAGGGUAAUUGGGAAAUGGAUUGUCACCUGAUACUGCUUUGUGUCUUGGGUGAGAGUGAGUUGUAUUUUGUCCUUAUUUUUGUUUCCCCUCAUUGACCUCAGUAACAGAUUUAUAAAAAAAAUAAGAAUGCCGUAGUGUUUGCUCCA